AUGAAGAAGUUGUUGGAAAUGAUAAUAUCUGUGAUGUUGUUCUUGCUGCUCUUCCUGCACUGUGUCUGUGGCCUUGCAGCCUUCCGUGAUGGUAGUUGCACGUACGAUACUACUGUGUGGAAGAACAUGAGGAAUAAAACUGAUUAUACACCUUUGUAUGUUUCUAUUGUACGGGAAUUAUCUCAAAGUGGUAAGAGUACUGUUUCACUCUACACAACGACAACAGCAACUACUACUAGUACUACUACUACUACUUCUACUACUACAGUAAAAAGUGAAGAGGAGGAUUGGAUGCCUAUUCGCAUUCAUGUCUCUUCUGAGGAGUUAGAUAGAGUGAUGAGGCGUUGCAGUAGUGGAAUGACUGAUUCUUCCCAUAGACACUCUCCAUCAUGCCGUGAUGGAAAUGUACUCACACCUCAGAAACGAGACAUUCUGUUGAAUGAACUCCUUCCAGCAGCUAUUGCACUGCACAGUGAGCGUCUU